AUGGCUCUUUUCUGCCACUUCGGUGCCCUUUAUGGUGUUGUGUUUCACUACCGGGCUGCCACGAGCAGGUACACCCUGAAUUUCACGCAGGCCCACCAGACCUGCCGGGACAACGGCGCCGUCAUGGCCAGCCCAGAGCAGCUGAAAGCAGCCUACGAGGAUGGGUUUGAGCAGUGUGAUGCUGGCUGGGUGUCCGACCAGACUGUCAGGUACCCAAUUAGACAUCCAAGAGUUGGCUGCUUUGGAGAUAAGAUGGGAAAGAAAGGAGUCAGGACGUACGGGCGCCGCUUCCCUAAUGAGACUUACGAUGUUUAUUGCUACGUGGAGCGCAUGGAAGAUGAAGUGGUCCACGUCUCAGCUCCCCAGAAGUUCACCUUUGAGGAAGCUAGGCAGCUGUGUGAGGAGCGAGGCGGUGUCCUGGCUUCCGUGGGGAACCUCUACGUGGCCUGGAGGAACGGCUUUGACCAGUGCGACUACGGGUGGCUGGCGGACGGCAGCGUCCGGUACCCGGCCUCCGUGGCCCGGCCCCAGUGCGGCGGGGGUUUACUUGGGGUGAGAACCCUGUAUCGCUAUGAGAACCAAACAGGCUUCCCUUACCCCGAUAGCAAGUUUGAUGCCUACUGCUAUGAACCUAAAAAAGUCACAACAGAGCCUACAACUGUUGAGCCUGUGACAUCCCUGAGAACUGAGAGCGUGAAAUCGUCACCUGCUGGAGUUCCUCUUGGAGUUCCUCUCGAACCUCCCAUCUCUGAGACCCCCCUUACUGAAGCGCCUGCCACCCAAGCAGUUUCUUUGGAGGAAACAACCCCAGAGUCUGAAGAAGAGACAGAAAUGACUACUGAUGUGGCUGAGGAGAAAAGGGAGAUGGAGGUGCUCAUGGAGAACAUUCCGUUAACCACUCUUCUACCUCAGACUGUCACCGACGGCGAAAUAUUCACUUAUGAUACACUGGGAAGGACUGAAUACGAUGUCUCACCCAGGCUAACAGACACCACGUCCCCAGAUCUGGAACUGGAUCACACUUACUCUGAAGCAGAGCUGCCCGAGGAACAAGGUAGGUCUGAAAGCAUUGAGGACGCUUUCUUGACCUCUGUAAUUUUUCAGGAUAGCACAGCUGUAGCUAAGAGUUCCACUGGUUUUUGGGAAGAUGCUGAGACGGGAGAUGCACAAAAGCAUGAUGCUGAUAAUCAGACUGAGCAAAUAGAAGUGGGUCCUCUGAGGACAGCUACAGAUAGCUUCUUACAGACUUCUCGGAGAGAGGCUGCCAGGACAGGGACCUCAGAUUCAUCAGCAAAUGAGAAUGUGUUUCACAGUGCCCACCUCACAAAUGCACCCACACUAAAAUCCAUGGAGGCAAAAUCUGACGAGAAUCUUACAACUGUUGUAAUCCCUAAAGCUUUGCUCCCUGAUGAGUCUGCAGAGAGGGAGGGCAGUGAGAGCAUGCACACCGCUGUGCCUGGCAGAGAUUCUGGGGUGGCUGCUGGUCAUGCCCCAGGAUCACAAGUGCCUGCUGCAUCAGAGACACUCCUAGAUGAGCACGCAGUAACCACUGGACAGUUUUCUGCAGCAAAAGAGUCAACGCCGUGGGUUAAAUUUAGCUCUGCGACAGCGUUUGACAGCGAGGCCUCAGCUCAAGGGAGCAGAGAGGACCUGAGGGAUGGGCAGCCCACCGUGGCAUCUGGAACACCUGUAUCCUUUUCUGUGUCAGCUGCUGAUCAAACAGAAUCUGAGGCCAUCUCAGGAAGCACAGAUUCCCUGCCAAACUUUGGAGAAGGCACCUUGUCUCUUAUCCCCUCAUCUCACCAGACAGAAACAUCAGCUGUCUUAGAGGAGCAGGAGAAAACAAAACAACCAGAAAUGAGGACAACAGGUGUGGGGGUCCCUCAUUCCACAGCCACCAUUUCUCCUUGUGUUGCAGCAGAAUCUGAGGGAUGUUCUGCAAGGGAGAAGAUCACACAGGCCCCCCCAGGGGCUGGCACGUGGCUGCCAACAGAUGGAGAGGAGGGGUAUGUGACAGAAGAGUCUUCUCACACUGGAAGAGUGAUUGAGUUUGCUACAGAGGAUGGCUUCUCUGGAAUGGAGCCUACAUCGUUUCCAGGGCACAUUGUGGAAUCCACAGGGCAUCCAGGAGCUCCAGUUUCAGCAGCUACAGAUGCAACUGAGACAAGCAGGGAGCCAGCAGAGACCACAAGGGAUGGAGAAGUGGUAUCAGCUGAUUUUGGUCAGAGUAGAGACACUACAAGUGUAUCCCACAUGAGCAGCUCCUUGGAUUUGGAAAUGACCACAGUAUCCAAAAUACCAGUGGAAGAAAGUAGUGCCACCCUAGGGUCUUUUAGCUCCUCAAGUGUAACUGUAUUGCCAAGUGCUGUGCCCACAGCUGUGGGGGUAACUGAGCAUGGAGGAGAUGAGACAUCAGGGACAAAGGGAACUGUUAAAUUUACAGAGGUAACAAAGGUAGAUACUGCAGUUCCACAGAAGGAGUAUGAUGCUUCCCUAGUUCCAGUUACUGUAGACAGUGAGGUCACUAGAGAUAUGCCAAUUACUGAUCAGACUCCUUUUGAUGAUAUCUUUCAUACAGAAGCAACAGAAACAACUGCAAAACAUAUCAAGGUGUUCCCAGAGCUCUCCACACUGGACCAAGGUUUGGAACCAAGAACUGCCACAGAGCCCACGCUUGCUGAGACAUCUGCCCCCACACAUGAACCAGAGGUGUCACCAGGAUCUGAAUGGCCUCAAACAGCAGUUCAGGAGACACAGGAUGAGACAGGCUCAGCUUAUGAUGAGAUGUUCCCAGCCACAGAGGUACCUGUGCCUGCCGUGAUGUUCACCGACCACGGAGGAGUCCUGGGACCCGAGGAAACCAGCACCUGGUUGCACCUGACGGUGACUCCAACAGCUGAAACUGCUCCUGACCAGGAUGAGGAGAUCACUGAGGUGGUGCCCAUAACUGCUGGAACCGAAGCAGAGACACAGGAGAGCCCAGAAGCCCCCACCAGGGAGGAAGACGAUGCAGUGAGCUGGGAAUCUGUGCCACCCUCCCAUACGAUGCCAGCAGGACAUUCCACUGUGGAAAGCAUUACUGGCCUGACUCUGGGAGCUUCUCCAAGCCAGGCUACAGAGGGUUCAGGAAUGACCACAGAACCUGAGGAAACCAUGCCAACAGUGUUUGCAGCUACUGCAACAGAUAAGGCAACCAUUCUCAGCAGCAUGACAACACCUUCCACUGGUGUUGUAGACAAAACUCAGCCUACAUCUGCAACCAAGCCUUUUGUCACUCAAAAGUCUCCACGCAUCAUUCCUGAGGAAGAAGAGGAGGUAACAAGCCAUGACAUCAUAAUAAUUGAUGAAUCUGUUUCUCCCAGCAAAGCCACUGCUGAGGAUGAUCUGCCAGGAAAGAUGCUGGAGCCAGAAAUCGAUAAGGAAUAUUUCACAGCAUCAACUGCCACGGCAGUGGCACGACCUACUGCUCCACCCCAAGUGAAGGAGGCCACAGAGGCCUUGCAACCUCAGGAGGUGUCUCCUUCUACUUCACACCCUGAUAAUGACAUAAGAUUGUAUGUUAUUCAAAUCACAGGCAAUGACACAGAUCACCCGGUGAAUGAAUUUUUGGAUCUGUUCAAUCGCCACAUGCUUCCUCAUGCAAUAGAUGAAACCCACAUUGAUGCAGACUCAGCUCAGACUGAACCCUGUACUUCAGACUCUGUGCAGGAUUCGUCUGAAUAUAUAAUAUUGGAUCCUUUCUUUCAAAACUAUUCAGAGUUUGAAGAAGAUGAAGACUGUGAAAAUACUACUGAUGUUACAACUCCCCCAGCUUUGCAGUUCAUCAAUGGGAAGCAGCAAGUCACGAGUGCACCUAAGAGCACAAAAGCUGAGGAAGCCAGGAGUGACCAAAUUGAAAGCGUUGCACAUUCCAAAAACGUUACCUUUUCUCAAAUCAAUGAGACAAACACAUUUAUAAUAAAUGAGCCUGAAGCUUCUGGUACCAUGCAACCAAGCAAAGCUGGAGAGGUAAUAGGGGCGUUUGAGGUGACACAACCAACUUCAGGGGCUGCAAUGUUAGAACCUGUCUAUAGUGGGGAGUCUGAAGUUGUUACAACAGAUAAAUCAAUAGCCACCACUUCUUCACAAGGGCAGUCUCUGCAAAACCGUAGAGCGACCACAACAUGCCAGGGAACUGAGGAAAACUCUACUAAAGACAGCAAAAACCUGCUUUUGAUUUCUAGUGAAUCCUCUGGAGAUGGCUCCACUGAAUCUGAUCUGUCCACUUCGUUCUUAGAGGUUGUGACAGGGUCAAGAAAGGAAGAGGAUGAAAAAUAUCCUGGCAUAACAUCUUCUCCUGAUGCAUUUACUGUGGAAAGUUCUGCUAUAACUGCUUCUCUGGAGGCAGUUUUUAUUCCUACUACAGUAGACAAAGGUGUAACCGACCUUAUCCCAGAAGAGGCAACCCCUGCUCCAGGAGACCAUUACAAAACAACUGUUAAACUUAAUGCAAAUUCCCCAGUUGAAAAUAUUCUGGAAACAAGUCAUACAGCAAAGCCUGAGAUGAGUGCUGCUUCUUUUAUGGUUCUGGAAGGCUCUGGAGAUGUGAAAGAUAGCAUCACUGUAAUUUCAGCUGUGACUGAGGAAAUAGCAGUAACAGAAACACUUCCAGUGCAAGACAUUUCUUUGGGCUCCAACACAGCACUGCUGACAGAAUUUUCUGUAACUGAUUCAGGAAUCACCUCCCCUUUGCCCAGAGCUAUAAGUACUCCUUAUUCUGCUUUUGAUCAAAGUCCUGAAUUAACUGCUGCCACCAACUCUGUGCCUGAGCUUGUUACAGAAAAAGUGUUUGCCAGUUCUCUUGUAACUGAAAAGAGUAUUGAUGAUGAAAAAGAAAUGCACACCACUGUUUAUUCAGGUCACCAAAAUUCAGCUACUGCUGCAGAGGAAAAUUUGGAUUUGAAUGAACUUGGGAGCACUACAAGUGAAGUCAGAACUGUGAGUCAAGAGCCACUCAGAAAAACAGUACCAGGUACCAUAAGUUCUGAAACCAAAAAGGUCACCACCAUUCCUCUCUUGAGAGAGAAGAAGCUUUUUGUAAUUGAAGGAUCAGCAGAAGAGCCAGCAGACAUAUUUUCAGGGGGUCCCACAAGCAAAGUGGUAAGUAUUGGCUCCCCGUUUAUUGAUCCAGGUUCUGGAGACAUAGAUUUUAUCGUUGAGUCUCCUACUUUGACUUCGGUUCCGUUGAGGCCUGUCACUGAAACACAAACAGAAAGGUAUGAAGGAACAGUUUACAGCACAGAUGAUGCUUCACCGAAGGAUGUGACAACAGAAUAUGAAAAACAUGCAAGAGCAGAUGAAUCUGCAGUUACAGUUUUGAGUACUGGGUCGGAGAGCUUCACAGAGGGGUCUGGAGUAGAAGGUCAGAUGUCUUUGGAUGUGUUUAGUACAAAAAAACCAGGAGAACCAAACAUGGAAACAAAACCAACCUACACAGCUCCUUCUGACAUAAAAUCUGGCUCUAUAAAAGAGAUAACAUCUCACACUGCACCCGGAAUUGAAACUGGAGAUUCAGAAAUGGGUGAAGAGGCCACAUCAUCUCCAGGAUCAGUGAUCAGUAACAGCCCUCGUGAGGACGUGGUGACACAUGGUACUGGCAGUAUAAAAGCAGUAGCUGAACCUACAGAAAGCAAAGAUGCAAAAGUUGUCUCUUCAACAGUCUCGUUGGGCAAGAUUUUCCUGAUUGAGCAUGGCUCUGGAGAAGAAUUCAAAGAUGACAGCAGCACCACAAAACUUAUGUCUAAUGGGCCUACGGAAGAAAUAUCUGGAGGUCAUUUCUCAACUACUGACCAGGGAUCUGGAGAACCAGACACAUCCACUGGAUUGUUUGCAAAAACAGCAGUUGCCCCUAGUGGGAGGCCAGAAACAUGGGAAGAGGAUGACAGACAAGCUGUCACCACAUCGUCUCUGGAGCUUGCCUUCACUACAGAUCCUGAUGAGCAGGUCACGAGUUCUGAACACGAGGUAACCUCCAUGGGAACUGCAGAGGACAUGGGAACUGAAGAGAAAACAGUUGAUGAGCUGACAGUGAGAACUUUUUCUACAAAGAUUCCUUUGAUGGAAGAGAUCCACUCUGGGGAAGAGAGGCCAAGUGAAAUUUCACCAAAAGCUACGGAAUCUUCUGAAGGAACAACAACAGACCCAUUCUUUAAAGGUACACAGACUAGCCAUGAGCAUCUGGGAGUUUUAAAUGUUCCGACUCUCAGUCCAUAUCUGGAAGAAAAGGAAUUAGAAACUGAACCUGCUCAAAAAAUACUUCUGCCAUUUAGUGAUGACAGAGUAACCGAGCCUGUGACAGUUGACAGGAAAUACAUAAGCUCUCCAGUUACAGAGCAAGAGGAGGAGCUGGUGCAAAACAUUUUCCCUACAAGAGAUAUUCCCAGAACAUUCCUGACACCUGAGGAAGAUAAACUGUCAAGUAAUGAGCUCAUUGGUGAUCCAUUGUUUUCAGGACAGGGGUCGGGAGACGACCUUGCUGUUCAUCCUUCUGUAGUGCCAUUUAUUGUCAAGGAAAUCAAGAGUACCUCAGGUCCUCAGACUUCUCACCCUGCAAAUACACAACCUGAGCCUUCCACUGACAUGACACAAGACUUUGAAAGAGGAAGCACUCCAGCAAAUGUUGAAGUUAAUGAAGGAGUCACAAGUGCUGUAGCUGAGCUGCUUCCAGAAACUGGAGACCCAUUCCCCACCUCCACGUUCCCCAGUUCCCCAGCUUUAGCAGAAGACAGCUCCAAGAGCUUCAUCUCUAAAGAGGUUGAAGACACCACACAUUAUUUUGUUGCAAAUGAAGAACCCCAGGAAAAGGAAACUGACUAUAGGAGAGGAGAAAAUGAAACAGAUAAGACAACACCCACUUCUAAAGCUAUUUCUCAAGAGGAAAAUUUGUAUUUUCUGGUGAAAGGUGGCGCAACUCCUGUAUCUGUUAUACUGAGUGGAACUCCCAGUCCUGAAACAGAGGAAUCUCUUAUAACAUCAACAGUAAAAACACCAGGCAGAGUAUUACCUGAGAGUUCUGGGGAAGGAUCUGGCUGGGCUGGUGUUUCAGAUUCAUCUUCCCCUGGUAUGUUUACUCAUUUCUCAAUGCCCACUGUGUCCAAAGUAGAACUAAAUGUCUCAUCCAGUGUUCCUGGACAUGUUUAUUCCAAAGUUAUGACCACAGAGGCACCGAGAGAUGGAUCACAGACUGCAAUCACAGGACCAGCCUCCCUUUUUACAGAAGAAACAGAGAUUGUGGCAAAUCCAUCUGCUGUUCAUCCAAAGACAGCUUCUUCAGAAGAACUAACAAGCGACGCUGGGUUAUAUGAAAAAAUUAUUCCCAUGAUUGAUGACAGAAGAAGUGUUAUAUUGAAUGUUUCUGUUUAUGGUGAUAUCACCCUGAUUGAAGAACGACUGCAAACCCCACCAGAAGAAACAACUAUUAUAGACAUGGAUCACUCAAAAUCAAUGCCUGAGGAUAUAAUAAGUGUGCAGACGAUGCCAAAUCCUGUUACACAGUCAACAUAUGGCUAUGAUGAUAGCAUGACAGCUGAAGGGGAGAAAUAUUAUUCCACUCCCAAGUUUUCCAUAGCCAAAGAAACGACACUUGGAUCUGGUGAUAAUCUUCCUCUGACUACUUCCAGUCCACCAAGUAGAGAGUUGGUGACUUCUGGGCACACACCAACCUCAGAUGACAUGGAACUGGGUUCUGGGAAUGACAUGAAUCUUGCAACAGAAACUCUCACCACCACUGAACUCUCUGAACUGGGCAUUUUCCUUCCUACAGUGCCAUCUCUGGCAAGCCCUCAGGUGCCUCAUGAGUCUAAACCUGUUGUAACCAGCCCCACAGAAGACACCUAUGAGCCAAGUACUUCAGCAAACAAUCAAGUAAUAGCAGAUCAAAGUGAAACAAUCUCUGGCUUUUCUGGGAUGGGCCAAGAAGAACUGGCUGAUAAUCAGCCUGUGUUUCCUUCUCUUGCAGCAGUUGUAACUGCUGAGCCAGAAAAGGCUUUGACAACUGGCAAGCUUGAGUUAAGUGCUGUCAGCACACAGCCCACAUCCCAGCUGACAACUGUGUCACCUACCAAGAGCGCAGGGAAUCGUCCCACGGUGUACACAAACACAAAAUCAGCAUCAGCAGAGUAUGAGGAAACAGAUCCAGUGAGUUUUCAUUCUGUUCCUCAAACUCCUGAAUCCUCAGUAACUGUUCAUUUAGUAAACAGAGUCUCUGAGUACCCUGAGGUAAUCAUUACGAGCACAUCAUCAUCGUCAUCAUCAUCAUCAUCAUCAUCAUCAUCAUCAUCAUCACCAUCACAGGAUUCACAUCAGUCCAAUCAUUCUUCAGGAGGGAUCUUCAAAGAGGUCAGUUCUGAUAUUACAGCAACAUACAAACCAGCCACUACUGAUCUUCUUGACACAACAGAGUCCUCUCUGCUGGAGCUUUCUCCCAAGCCUGUUUCAGACAGCACAAGCACGGAAAGCACUCCUCACUUUGGUAGGCUUCUAACAGUUGGGAUAGAGGAGACAGAAACCCCUGUAACUGAUUUGGCUGGUGAGGAAGAAGCUGCUGUUUCUGGAGAUUCUCCAUCGAUACAUGUCUUGCCUACUGCGUUUCUGAAUUUUGGAGAAAGAGCGAGCACAGAUGUUCCAAAAGUCAGCACGACAAAAGUCGAAGCUUCCUCAGGGAGAGUCAGUAAUCCCCACCAAGAGCAAGACAGGAAUACUGAGAGACAGAACCCCUGGCUCUUGUCCACAACUGUUUCAGACUCACCCAACAGCAUUGAAAGUGAAGGAUUUAAACCUGGCCAGGAAGCAGUUACAAUGCUAACCUCACCUUCCCAGCUUUUGGAUGGAGGCACAGAAACACAGUCAGCUUUGUUUGGUCAUGGGGAGAUCACAACCAUCUCUUCUAACAUUGCAACAAACAGCAUUGCCCCUGGAAACAGCCCCUACCAAAAUGAGCCAUCAACACUGAGCUCUGAGGAGCCAAACACUGUGGAAGUCGUAACUUCGUCAUUUUCCCUUCUGGAAGUCACGAACGGAUCAGAUUUUGUGAUUGGCACCAGUGUGGGUUCAGUUGAAGGCACAGCAGUGCAAAUUCCAGGCCAAGAUCCGUGCAAGAGCAGCCCCUGCCUCAAUGGUGGUACCUGCUACCCACGUGGUUCCUUCUACAUCUGCACCUGCCUGCCAGGUUUCAGCGGGGAGCAGUGUGAAUUAGAUAUCGAUGAGUGCCAGUCCAACCCGUGCCGGAACGGAGCCACGUGCAUUGACGGCCUCAACACCUUCACCUGCCUGUGCCUGCCCAGCUACAUCGGGGCUCUCUGUGAGCAAGACACGGAGACCUGUGACUACGGCUGGCACAAGUUCCAGGGGCAGUGCUACAAGUACUUCGCGCACCGGCGCACGUGGGACACGGCGGAGCGGGAGUGCCGUCUGCAGGGAGCACACCUGACCAGCAUCCUGUCCCACGAGGAGCAGAUCUUCGUCAACCGUAUUGGCCAUGACUACCAGUGGAUUGGCCUCAAUGACAAGAUGUUUGAGCGUGAUUUCCGCUGGACUGAUGGUAGCCCACUGCAAUAUGAGAACUGGAGACCAAACCAGCCAGACAGCUUCUUUUCUGCUGGAGAAGACUGUGUUGUUAUAAUCUGGCAUGAGAACGGGCAGUGGAAUGAUGUCCCAUGCAAUUAUCACCUUACUUACACCUGCAAGAAAGGAACAGUGGCUUGUGGCCAGCCUCCCGUGGUGGAAAACGCAAAGACCUUCGGGAAGAUGAAGCCCCGUUACGAGAUCAACUCCCUGAUCAGAUACCACUGCAAGGACGGUUUCAUCCAGCGCCACAUCCCCACCAUCCGCUGCCAGGGGAACGGACGAUGGGAUAUGCCCAAAAUCACUUGCAUGAAUCCCUCCACAUACCAAAGGACUUACUCUAAGAAAUACUACUACAAACACUCCUCAUCAGGCAAGGGGACGUCGUUAAACUCGUCCAAGCACUACCACCGCUGGAUCAGGACGUGGCAGGACUCCAGGCGCUGAGAGCUAAAUGGUGAAUUGGGGAUUUCCACCAUUUCAGCCAAAGUCGUAACUUUCUGUGCCUUUUUCUAUCACUUAUAGGAGUAUUAUCGUUUUUUUUGGGGACUGCAGUAUUCACGGCGCGUUUUGCAAAAAAAAAAAAAAAA